AUGAUGCCACGAGAGAGCGCUCGCGGAAGGCUGCGUUCCCACGAGGCCUGUCUUAACUGCCGAAGAAAGAAGACCCGAUGUCCGGCCGAGAAACCGUCCUGCUCAAGCUGUGUCCGCCUAAAUCAGCCAUGCCUUUACACCUCAAUACCCAGAGGGUCCCGGGGAGGGCAGUCUGACGACAGGCUAGCAUUCCUUGAAGAGAAGGUAAACCUCAUCCUGAGUGGCAGACCAACUCAAACACUUGCAUCAGAAAAAGCACAGGAGAUAGGAAAUGCAAUUUCAGAAACAUGCUAUCCUGCCACAACACGUCCACCAUCCAUUGAACCAAGCACAAUCAAUGACCCAUUCUUCCUCGCGUUUGGCUACGAGGACUCGAGCUCUCAGCCGUCAUCAUCUGCGAUCGCCAAAGCUAUUGAUCUUUACUUUGAAUAUUGCCAUCGACAGCCGAUUUGGUGUUUUGAUCGUGAAGAGGUCUCAGACCCAAGUCAUCUGUCAGAGGAGCUCGUUUGUUGCCUACUCGCCUUGACCUCACGAUUCUCAAGAGAUCGUGACCAUUUACAACAUUAUGGAGAUAGUGCAAGAAGCCUGGUCAUGCUUCGUAUGGCCAACGGCACAGUGGAACUUGAAACCAUUGAGAGUCUUUGUCUGCUCUCUUAUUCCUCUUUUCUAGAUGGAGAUAUACACCUCGGUCGCUUCCAUCUCGGUCUUGCUCUACAUCUUUGCCGGUCGGCAACGCUGGACCUCGAAUCGAGUCAUACCGGCGAAGGCCCCAUGGCCGAGCGAAAGAAGCGUCUAUUCUGGAGUCUGCAAUGUCUGGAGCAGUCUUACGGGCAGCAAAAUGGGUUUCUCUGUAUCCCAUCAGAGGUUAUGCGCACCUUCUAUAUUGCCUCAAGUAGCGACCGCGCAAAACAAGAUGGGACGGAGGCGAAACCUCCACCACUGCCGACAGAUGAUCUUGGUUGCUCGAAACCAUCUGAUAUAGGGAUUUGGAGCCUAGCAGCCCACUUUGGUUGGGUCUGGAGCAGAGUGCGCACAUAUGUCUCCGAUUGUGCUCGAAAUAGGCUCAAAGAACCCUGGCGACACGAUUCCAUGUACGCCAUGGUGCUCUCCGACCUUACAGAAAUUGAGAACAAGCUUUCCCAGUGCCAUCGAUAUGAUUCGGUCAAAUUUUACGAGCGAACAGCAGAGGAGCUGAGAUCGAGCCGAAACUACUGGACCCCAUGGCUGAAGCUACAGUUCACUUACCAUUGCAUUUUGACGGUUCUGAACCAUCCCUUCCUCUACAUUGUAGCAUCACAAUACAACGACAAUCUGGCAAUCCCGAACGCUUUCUGGAGACGGUCAUCCGAGUUGGUCUUGUUACACGCUACCUGGCUUGUCCGCAUGAUAGACAUGGUAUCGGAGAAGAAGAUGCGACUGAUCGAUCCGUUCUUCGGACACGCUGCCGCCAUUGCAGCUACAGUGCAUCUGUACUACUGCUGUGCUGCGGAUCCCCGACUAAAGUACAAAUCCAAGGUUGAUUUCACAAAAUGCCGAAGGUUCCUGAAGAGUUUUGUGUCCUUUUCGCCUGCUUGUGGAAUCUUGGAUCAAACGCUGGACAAGAUGACUCGAAUUGCUUCCGGUUCGGAAAAUAUCGAUCAUGAUUGGGAACCCGAGAAGAUUCAUCUCAGUAUACCGUUAAUGUGGGAUGUUCUUCAAGUCAACUGUAAACCCAAGCCACACGAAGUGUCGACGGGUGGCUUGCUACAUCCAUCGUUGACCCCAACCGUCUCUACGGAAGAGGAGGAGGACAGCCCUGCCUCUACUUUAGAGGUUAUUGUUGCAAUGUCCCCGAUUGUCACAGUUAACACUGCGGAUGGUGGUCAAGCUGCCCACAUUCCACCUACGAUGCCGCACAUAUCUUCCACCCCAGCUUCUUCUGACCUCGAUCUUGGUGAGAAACUCGUUGCGCCCGCUGACAGUUUAAUGACCAAUACCCCCUGGCUAUGGACGGAUCCCUCGCAAUUUGUUGAUAUGGAGAACAAUGUGGGAUAUCCAGAUUCCGAAUCCGCUCUCGGAAACAUUGACGGAUUUUCGACUUGGUGGGACUUUGGAAACUUAUAG